CACAAAGCGGCCGCUGGGCCCUGCCGGCUUGCAAGCUCAGGGGCCGGAGCCUCUUUGCCCCCAGCGGUGCCAGUGUCCAGCUGCCGGCCCCCGGGCACCACAAGCGCAGCCUCGGGCGCUGAGCCCUUACCGCUUGAGCGUUCUCGGUGGGCGCUGCCCUCGCCGCUCCGCCCGGCCCCGGCUCCUCCCGCGCCCAGCCCCGCAGGGCGGCGGCCCCGGGCCCGCUACUUGCUCCUCCCCUGGGCGCUGGGUGGCGGCGCCGCUUCCGUCCGUCGGGCCCGACAUGGCGGCGGUGGCGGCGGCCGCCUUCUCCUCCUCCCGCUCCGUGCUGCGCCCGGCCCUGGCACCGCUGAGGAGGUGGCGGAGCCUUUCUCGUCCUCUGCCGCGGGCCGCCUACAGCACCAGCAGCUCCCCUCGCAGCGCCGCCAGUGAUGAAGCAACCAUUAUCUCAGGGACAAAGCUUGCUAACCAAGUUCUGAAAGAAGUUCGAAGGGAUGUGGAAUCCUGGAUAUCCCUUGGGAACAGGAGACCUCACCUCACUGUCAUACUAGUAGGAGACAACCCAGCUAGUCACAUCUAUGUCAGAAACAAGAUUAAAGCAGCUGCAGCUGUAGGCAUUUCUAGUGAGAUCAUACUGAGGCCUAAGGACGUUUCUCAGGAAGAGCUCUUGGAUAUGACAGUCAAACUCAACAAGGAUUCAACAGUUAGUGGUUUAUUAGUUCAGCUACCUCUCCCAGGUCACAUCGACGAGCGCGCGGUCUGCAACGCCAUCGCGCCCAGCAAGGACGUGGAUGGCUUCCACAUCAUGAACAUCGGCCGGCUGUGCCUGGACCAGCCCUCCAUCAUCCCUGCCACUGCUGCUGCUGUCUGGGAGAUCAUCCAGAGGACUGGAAUACAAACAUUUGGGAAGAAUGUUGUUGUAGCUGGAAGAUCUAAGAAUGUUGGGAUGCCUAUUUCGAUGCUUUUACACACUGAUGGAGAGCAUGAAAGGCCUGGAGGCGAUGCUACAGUGACCAUCACUCACAGAUACACCCCGAGAGAGCAGCUCAAGAUCCACACGCAGCUGGCUGACAUUGUCAUAGUGGCUGCAGGUAUCCCAAAGCUGAUUACAACUGAUAUGGUCAAAGAAGGUGCAGCUGUGAUUGACGUAGGCAUCAACCACAUCCAUGAUCCUCUUACAGGGAAGACCAAAUUAGUUGGGGACGUGGACUUUGAAGAAGUGAAGAAGAAGGCUGGCUUUAUCACCCCAGUGCCAGGAGGGGUGGGACCUAUGACCGUGGCCAUGCUUCUGAAGAACACUCUCCUAGUUGCAAAAAAGCUCAUUUACUAAAGCCUCUGGGCUGCCUUGGAAGAGGAAUCCGAAGCUGUUCUAUUUAUUGAUACACAAAACAUUUAUUUUUUACUACAAAGAUUAUUUAUUUCUACAUUGUAUUUAUUUUUCCAUCUGAAGUACACUGAACCUGAUGGUUUACAAGCUGAUAGAUAACUUUGUGUAACCUCCUACGGACUUCUGUGAGCAAAGCUCAAUGGGAAAGUCAUGCAGGUACCUUGGUGGGGAGUGUGUGUGUGUGUGAAAGGCAGCAUGAAUUACAAAUGUUCCUGUCUGUCUGGGGAGGGCUUGCAAUUACCCAGGGCUUUCAAGCACUUGGGACCCUCAGUUUUCAUCAAAGAGUAUAAAAAUUACAAGUUUGACCAUGCUAAAUAUGCUUAAAAAAAAUAUGGUUUGGGCUCUGAGGUCAUGAAGUGCUCUGGAUGUAGUUUGGAGUCUUGAAAAUGCCUUUUUUUUUUUUCUCUAAGCCCUUGGAGACAGCAACAGAAAUCUUGGAUCCAGAAGGAGUGCAGGACUGCAAUUUCUGUUCUGACUGCAAGGCAGCAGUGUUGACCUGGAUGCAGAGGUUCAGUACCUGUGUGAAAGCAGUCGAGUGAACCUGAACGCUGGUGACAUCCUGACCUUGAACACACACCAGAGAUGUGGCUAGCAUUGAGGGCAGACUUCUGCUCUUUCUGUGUCUGGGUUUGUUUGACAAAGCAUCUUGGUGUGCAAUACCCCUUAAAGAGACCUGAAGAGCUGGGUGGGCAUCAGCUGGACAGAAACACACACCAGAGAUGUGGCUAGCAUUGAGGGCAGACUUCUUUCUGUGUCUGGGUUUGUUUGACAAAACAUCUUGGUGUGCAAUACCCCUUAAAGAAACCUGAAGAGCUGGGUGGGCUGGAUGGGCAUCAGCUGGAGAGAAUGUGUUUAAAAGUACUCUGUGUGUACAUGGUGUAUAGUUUGGGGGGAUGGGGAGAGAGAGGAGAGAAAAGCAAACGUUUAUCCUGGUGAAACCUUUGUGUUGGAAUUUUAAGCCAUUUAAUUGUUCUCUUCUUAAUUACUCUCUUCUUUUCUGAAACUGCAUGAAGAGGUGUGUUGGAGUCCAGGGUGCAUGGUGUAGCCCUGUGAAUCCUUGGCUACCAUAUUUUGCUGCUUAGAGAGGACUUUGUAGGAGAGUAAGAUGUUUCUAUCCCCAAAAAAGUAUUAGUUCUAGGUUGGAUCUGGAAUAACCUCAUGCAGUCUUCCAGCUGAAGGUACUGCCAAGGUGCCAGCUGAACUGAGUGUGUGCAUUAUGGACUUUGGUGUCAGUGGGAGCCAGUCUGGACUCUUUGUGGGUUUGUCUCUUCUUUCCAUCAAGAGCCUUAGGAUCUAGGUUGGAUCUGGAAUAACCUCAUGCAGUCUUCCAGCUGAAGGUACUGCCAAGGUGCCAGCUGAACUGAGUGUGUGCGUUAUGGACUUUGGUGUCAGUGGGAGCCAGUCUGGACUCUGUGGGUUUGUCUCUUCUUUCUGUCAAGAGCCUUAGGGGUUUGCCAGCAGACUGAAAGGAGAAGAAAAACUGAGUUGUGGCUAAAUACUACUGCUGUUAAACAAAGAAUGUGCUUGCUGUAAUAAAAGAAACGAGAUGGGCUGUCA